GCUGCUGGUAUAUGCAGGCGUGAUUCUCUUUCAAUUGCAUAGUAGACGUAGUUUGUCAAACAGUGCAGAGGGAAGCUGGAUUUAUUCAGUGUUCAUUCAUCUUGACAUAUCAAUGGCAGUCUUUUCCUCAGAGAUCUGAAAGACCUAAUUAAUCAUGAUACUGUUCAUCUAUCAAGCACUCUCAAUCUUUACAGUUUCUCUGUGCAGCAAUGUUCAGGACAAGUCUCCAUACAUCGCAAGACAAGUCAAACAGCACCCUGCAAGCAUUGAGAAAAAAUGCGGGCAGUCGGCUGUCAUCCACUGCAUCCUUUCCAACGGGAGCUUCAGUGAAGACUUGCAUCUGGUGUGGUACCGAUAUAUUGCUAAACACCAGAGGGAAAAGAUUGGAGAAAUAAAUCUAAAGACACAGAACAUGACAGCUGCAAACAAUGUCCAGUUACUGUGGAACCCUGACAAACUCUCCGCGGAAUUGAGGAUUUCACACCUAAAAACAAGCAACUCUGGAUCGUAUGGGUGUGAACUUGUCAGCUUCAAUAACAAAAUGAAUAUAAAAAAAGAUCAGCCCACAAACCUCACAGUUACUGAAGAACCAGCUCAUCCUGGAAGAGAGAAUCGAACAAACAGCAAUGCAGAGAAACCCACUGGAAAUAUGAUGAGAAUUGAGAUAAUCUUGGCGGCAGUGAUUUCAGCCCUGCUCAUCGUUGCACUGCUGACUUAUAUUACAGUCAUGUACUGGCCCAAAAAAAGGAUCCCAAUACUAGGCUAUCGAUACAAGAUGCCAGAUGUCAGGGUGAGGAUCCCAUUUCCACAGUGUAUUCCUCAGACUACGCUGUACUGAAGGCUCCCGGAAGGAUUGACCCAGAGAAUCCCACGCUAUCAUUUGUUUUAGAUGACCCGUGCUAUGCUACAGUUGUAUUCUCACCUGAACAGCAAGCUGCAAGUGUGCAGAAAAUCCCUUCUAACAACUAAAAGAAUAAAUGUCUUCACUAGCACUAUGACUGAUUCUUAGCCAUCACACCAAACAACUCCAUGGUAUAAUUCAUGUAUAACUCUUCCAUGAAUUAUACCCGUAUGGCUCUUCCAUUCACAAGUGAGUAACAAGUAGCUUUAAAGAAUGAAUAUCUUGCCUACAUGCAUACAUUUAUAGAAUAAGCGAAGAUUGUAGAAUAAUCUCAUACUGAGAUCAAAUAUUUCAUGUAAUCUGAGAUUCACUAGGGAUAGGUUAUAGGGGAAGUCAUACAAAGUUACCCCAAAUUUCUUUGUUACGUGUAAUGUGGCCUCUCUGCAGUAGCGGGUGGGACUGUCCAUAGCCAGCACUGAAUUUGUUGACCUCAAAUUUGUCAGCGGUUUGGGUCACGACAAUUAGCUUCAGUUGAAUUGCAAUAUCCAAUUUGUGGCACCAGAGGGCAAAAUACCAUUGUCUGCUUAAUAAUAUCAUUGCUUGCUAGCAACUUCCAGUGGCAACCUGCAACUCCUUGGGAAAGAAUGAAGUAAAAUCUGAGACUGUUCUUGGGUUCACCGUAGCUAGGAUUCAAUGAGGAAAAAUAGUGUCUUUCGCAGAACAACAAAGAAUGAACCUAUAAUUGGAAUGGUUUGCAUUGCCUUAUCCUGAACCUGAAAUAUCACCAAAAAAACCUGACUCUUACAUGUGAAGACAACCUUGAUAAUAAGUUCAUCAGCAUUUGCAAGCCUAUAGAUCUUACCAUUACUCAAUCAUUUUUUUUCCCAUUACCCGCUGAUCUGGAGAUGUGCCAAAUGUUCUGAGAAAUAUUUGUAAAUAAAUAAAGAAUAAUCUAUUUAUUUAAA